AUGCACUCACAGGCCCAAGACUCGGCAGCUUCCUCACUAAGCCCCAGAGCAAUGGCCAGUUUUUCACUUCUUUGGGCCUGGCUCUUUGCGGCAUCUCUUGCGGAAGUCGCCUCGACUGAGUUCUUCAAAAUUCGCAGCGCUCUUGCCCCAGACAAGUGCAUCACCCGCUCCGACUACUACCAGCGUUUCCUGGAGUUGCGAGAAUGCUCAGCCGGCUCAGCCGGCUCAGCCGCAAGGGGACGGAACUCAAAUGAUGUUUGGUACUUCAACAAAACAUGGCUUGUCAACCUCGAGCAACUUGAUGACGGUGAUGGGACCCUCCAAGCGAUGUGUGUCACCUUUGACAGGGCAUACUACUAUCACCACGGGCGCCCCUUAUGGCUCCGCGCCUGUCAAGAAGGCCAGCCAGGCAUGGAUUGGGUUUGGGAAGAUGACCACAUCAGACACGUCCACACUGCUUACGUCUUCGACCUGCCCGGUCACAACAUUACCGACUUGGGUCGCAAUCGCACAGCGCCAGACUGGCAGGACCUGAGCUGGUUUGGAUGGCCACAAGUUCAGCUUGGAUCCCGAGACAAUUCAACCUCAAGUGACCAAGUUUUCUUCAAGGAGAUUUUGUCAAGCAUGGAGAACCGCAGCCAGUCCUUCGAACCCCUUCCGGCAACGGAGGUCCUGCCCGAUUUUCCACCGGAAAACUACAAUCUGUGCCCGGAUGGAUCCUUUGGUGAGCGAAAUGUAUGUCCAUGGCAUCGCAGGGCGUAUCAAGAGGAAUGGUUGUGCAAGGGUGGCACUCUAACGCAACGAUGUGUUUGUUUCCCAGGAUACUUCCCUCUCGUAGUGGGAUAUCUUCCAAAUGUGAGUCACUUGGGCGAGCUUGCUUACACCUGCUGCCGAGGGGAAAGCAACUCCGACGGGUGUGGAGACAUCGUGAUUUGGCUUCCGCUCGCUGUUGCUUUGACUAUCCUAGGUGGUCUUGGUGUGUUGACAACCAGCCUGAUGAUCUACUGCCACAGCCCAAGCAUAGCCCCUGCUACAGAAGAAGAUCUUCAUGUUCUUUGUCCGCAACUCGUGCAUGACGGUGCGGUCGUACACAGAACAGUGGAGCAAGCAAAGUGGGGUGUGAGCUUGGACGACUUGUACCAGUUCAAGCGGUUGGUGCAUCAUGCUGUGAAGUCAGGGAGUAUCAGGCCAACAGAUCUAGACUAG